AUUCGCCCCUGGGCUCGGAGCCACUGUGCUACCUUUGGGUCUUUCUCACUCCCCGAAAUCUUUAGGAUUCGAUUCUGGUAGCUAUCGAUACACAUUCUGGUAGCUUUCAAAGAAGAAAGAAGCACCAUGGUGAAGACGCGAAGUGGUAGAAACACCAUGGCAUCGCCCCGAGGAGGAGGUUCCGUGUCUAGUAGUAGCGGCAGUGGAAACCCAGGUGGUGGUGGUGGCAAUGGCAACACAUUUGUAACGACAGUUGGCAACGAAAGACCUCCCAGUGCCGGUGCCAAAGUGGGAAACAGUCUUCAAGCAUUGUUGAUGGGUCCCUUUGUGGUCUUUUUGGGCUGUCUGUUACUCUGGUACAAUGAAAAAUGGGCCAUCAAAACACAUCGAAGCUUGAACGAAGCUUUGGAAGCCUUUGUGGAAAUUCCCAAUGCCGACGAUACUACCAAGGCUCAUCUCCAUCGCGGCAAAUUGGCCCACAUGACGCACAUGCUGCAUACGGACGGCGCCGUUGAGGAUCCCCUGUUUGGAUUGUACCGACCUCAAGCUGUGUCACUCCAACGCCAGGUGGAAAUUUAUCAAUGGGUGGAGACUGUCAAACAAAAAGAAGUCAAAAAGGGUGAUGUUACAGAAGUCCAAGAGAUUGUCAAAUACAACAAGAAAUGGGUGACACAUCCCAUUGAUUCGGAUGAUUUUCGACAUCCAGAAGCACACGAGAAUUGUUGUGGACAGUUACCCAUGCCGUCGGAAUCCUUUCAAACCGAUCAAGUCCACAUGGGAGUCUACUUGUUGAGUUCGGUGUUGACACGACAGCUCCAACGAUCCACCGGCGUACUGCCCAACCAAGUCAAGACAUUGCCGGACGGGGCGCAACGAUCGGGAAGUGCCAUUUACUUGCCACGCAGAAGCGACUCUGCUGCAGCUGCCCUUCCUGGUGGUGGUGGAUCUGAUCAGUCGACGAUUCAAGAAACAACCAUGAGAAUUGAUGGCGAAGAACGAACCAUGUUUUUGGUCAAAGCCACGGGGGAAUCCUAUUCGACACGUCAAAAGGCUCUGGCGGCGGUCGAGCGUAGCCUGAGUACCGACACACCCGAAAUUGGAGACGUACGAGUCACCUUUACCGAAGUCCCUUGCGCAUUGGUUAGCGUAUUGGCCAAAAUCUCCGGAUCAUCAUCUUCCAACAUUCUCACCCAGUGGCAAAGCCAACAAGGAUCAGGAUACGAAGUGGCCGAAUUGGCAUACGGAGCCGUCAGUGCCAAUGAGAUGAUUGGAUCGGCACAAUCCGCCAAUUCGGAACGCACGUGGAUGUGUCGCAUCGGUGGUUGGAUCUUGAAUCUCGUGGGCUUUUCCAUGAUUAUCCAAAUUGUGACCACCACGGCAGAUAUUACCUUGAAUUGGAUCCCCCUCUUGGGACCCAUGGCAACGUCCGUGAUUAAUUUGGGUGUCUCGGUCGCCCAUUUGAUUCUGGCCAACUGCACGACCUUGUUGGUGGCAUCCAUUGCAUGGAUCUUUUAUCGACCCAUGUUGGGACUAUCGCUGCUGGCAGGGUCUCUGGGACUGUUUUAUACAGCAUCCCAAAUGGGCAAAGCAAAGGGAACAACCUAUUAUAGUGAAGUCAAGGUUUCCUAGCCAGUAGAGUCAAGUCAGGAGAGACAGCCACAUGCAAUCAAUCAUCCAACGAGAGAUAGACAAGCAACACUCGACACUACCAGACCACCUUUCUGACUUUGGAUCAGAUCAAGUCACUGGCUCCACUAUUUUGUAUGCUGCUACGAAAGCGGAUCCCCCCCAAUUCUUCUCGUUGGUUGACUUGAACGAACCACCACCUGUAUACUUUUGCAUCAUUUUAAAACAGAAUAUAGCUACAUGUACUUGCUUUUCGGGGCACCGCAUGCCAC